GUGUAUAUUGAAACCGGGAAAGCGGAGUUUUCCUCUAUCGCCACCCAAAUUGAACCCGCGGCGACCUGAUUCCCGUUCGACGACGGCGACGCCUCAACAGUCGUGUCGGUCAACCUCCUGAAUCUUAUCCCUCCCCCGGUCCGUCCCUAUCUCUGCUUCCUCUCGCACCCUCUCUCUCUCUCUCCUCCCCUCCGCCACCACCAGCCUCCACGACUGCAGCCCAACCAGAAGGAUUGCGGCUUUCAAUUUAGAGAAAAGGGUAAAAUACAUCGUAGGCGUAGAGGUGAAAUGGUGGAUGAAAAAGGAUUUUGGGAAAACGAUAGGAGGCUUGCCUGUUGUUCAGGAUCAUGUGAAGUCCCACUAAGCUAGAAAAAAUUGGGGUUACUUCUGUAUUAUUUGGGUGGUGAUUUUCUUCAGGAAGCUCAAACCCUUUCAUAUUGCUCCACCUUUGAGUUUCUCAUCAGCCAAACUGGAUCGUUCAAUUCCCAUGACCAUUCAAAAUCCACCAAUGUCUGCUCCUUCCCAUUUUCAAAGCUACAGUUCUGCCAUCCCUCCAUCCAAGACCCACCUCUACGCAUCAUUCUUCUGCAUACUCGUACACCUUUACUUGACAUGUGGCAGAUUUUCCAAUGCUUCUGGUGCCUUCCGUUCUGUGCGAACACGGCCUUGUUCCUGAUUGGACGCUUUGGAAUCAACUUCUUUACCAAUUCAAUGCCUCAGGUUGGGUUUCUCAAGUAUCCCUUCUUUACUCUGAGAUGCUUUCUUGUGGGGUUAUGCCCAAUGUUUUCACCCGCAACAUAUUGAUUCAUUCUUUCUGCAAAGUGGGACACUUGAGUUUUGCACUAGAUUUCCUGAGAACUGGUGAAAUUGAUACUGUUUCCUAUAAUACUGUCAUAUGUGGUUUCUGUAAACAAGGAUUGGCUUAUCAGGCUUUUGGGCUUUUGACUCAAAUGGUGAAGAGGGAUAUACCAAUCGAUUCGUAUACUUGCAAUACACUAGUUAAAGGGUUUUGUCAAAUUGGGUUGGUAGAGUACGCAGCACGGGUUAUGGAUAAUUUGGUGGAUGGUGGAAUUCCACAGGAUGUUGUAGGUUUUAACACCUUGAUUGCUGGACAUUGCAAAGCUGGACAAGUUAGUCAGGCACUUGAAUUGAUGGACAGAAUGGGUGGGGAGAGUCUGUCUCCUGAUAUUAUUACUUAUAAUACUCUGAUUCAUGGGUUUUGCAGCACGGGUGAUUUUGCAAGGGCCAAGAGUCUUAUAGAUACAAUGUUGAGAUCUCAGACAAAUGAAGAAUGCCUUAAUGAUGAAAGAGACGAUGGCCACAAUCAGACUGAAGAUAAGAAUUUGAAACCAAACCUUAUGACACACAGCACACUUAUUAGUUCUUAUAGUAAGCGGCAAGGACUUGAAGAAGCUCUGUCUUUGUCUGAGGAAAUGGUUAUGAAUGGCAUUUAUCUGGAUGUACUUGCUUAUAGCUCCAUUAUAAAUGGCCUUUGCAAGUAUGGGAGGCUAUCAGAAGCCAAAGUACUUUUAAGGGAGAUGGAGGAAACGGGUGUGGAUCCUAAUCAUAUCUCCUAUACUACCCUUGUGGAUUUCUUGUUUAAGGCAGGCUCUUCCAUGGAAGCUCUUGCCCUUCAAAGCCAAAUGGUUGUUCGUGGCCUGGUUUUUGAUUUCGUAAUCUGUACUGCUUUAAUUGUUGGGCUCUUUAAGGUUGGGAAAUCUGAUGAUGUUAAAGACCUGUUUCGAACAAUUUCAAAGCUUGGCCUUGUUCCAAACUUUAUCACCCACUCUGCGUUCAUACAUGGACUUUACAAUUUAGGAGACAUGAAUGAUGCAGAAUCUGUACUUAAAAGAAAUGGAGAAGCGCCACAUUCUCCCAAAUAUUAUUACUUAUUCUUCAAUGAUAAAUGGCUUCGUGAAGGAAGGAAAGCUUGGUGAGGCCAUGAGUUUAUUAAGGGAGAUGGUGCAAAAGAAUAUCCUGCCAAAUGCUUUUGUGUAUGCAACACGAAUUGAUGGGUGCUUUAAGGCAGGUAAACAAGAGCUCGCUCUUGAUCUUUACAAUGAAAUGAACAUGGGAGGAGUGGAGGGUAACAAUUUCGUACUUGAUACUUUUUUGAACAACAUGAAAAGGCGCAGAAGGAAGGAGGAAGCUGAAGGAUUAAUUAUGGAUAUGACUUCUGGGGGUUUGUUUCUUGAUCGCGUUAACUACACAUCUCUAAUGGAUGGUUACUUUAAAGAGCGACAGGAGUCAGUUGCCCUGAACUUGGCCUAAGAGAUGACGGAGAAAAAUAUAGGGUUCGAUGUUGUUGCAUACAAUGUCUUAAUGAAUGGUCUAUUGAGGCUUGGGAAGUAUGAAGCAAUAUCUGUUUGUACUGGAAUGAAAAAGUUGGGUUUGGCUCCUGACUAUGCCACAUACAAUACCAUGAUUAAUGCAUUCUGCAGAGAGGGUGACGCUGAAAAUGCUUUUGAACUCUGGCAUGAGAUGAAGUGUCAAGGGUUAAUUCCAAACUCAAACACUUGUAACAUUCUGAUCCAAGGACUUUGCGAUGCAAAUGAGAUUGAAAAAACCAUAGAUGCCUUGAAUGGAAUGCUGGCUGUUGGUUCUCUCCCUACCUUAUUUAUUCAUAGAAUUCUGCUUGAUGCGUCUUCAAAGAGUAGAAGAGCUGAUUCAAUUUUGCAGGUGCAUCAUAAGCUUGUAUGUAUGGGGCUUAACCUCAAUCGAGAUGUUUAUAAUAAUCUCAUCACUGUCUUGUGUAGGCUAGGUAUGGCCAUGAAAGCCACUUUAGUGUUGAAAGAGAUGAUUGGAGGAGGAUUUUUAGCAGAUUGCUACUUCCAAUGCCUUUAUAUGUGGAUAUUGUGGAAGCAACCAUAUGAAAAGGGCUUUUGCUACUUACUCGCAAAUGUUGGCUGAGGGUGUUUCUCCAAAUAUUGAAGCGUACAAUCUUCUUUUAGGUGGACAUUCAAGUGCUAGUCUGAUGACAAAUGCAGAGGAGUUAUUUGGUCAAAUGAAGAACAGAGGUUUUGUUCCUAAUGCUUCUACGUAUGAUAGUUUGGUUUCUAGUCGUGGUAAGAAGGGAAAUAAAAAGGAAGCUAUAAGACUUUAUUGUGAAAUGGUAAGCAAGGGUUUUGUUCCCAAAACUAGCACCUACAAUAUCCUUAUUAGUGAUUUUUCUCAGGCGGGAAAGAUGAGCCAAGCUAGGGAGCUUAUGAAUGAGAUGCAGACAGGGGGGACCUCUCCUAACUCUUCAACUUACAACAUACUAAUUUGCGGCUGGUGUUGGCUAUCAAAGCAGCCAGAGCUGGAGAGAAGUUUGAAAAAGUCAUAUCGGGUUGAGGCAAAAAGAUUAUUAACUGAUAUGAAAGACAAAGGGUAUGUUCGAUGUGAAAGUACCCUUCUAUGCAUCAGUUCUACCUUUGCUCGACCAGGAAAGAAGGCUGAUGCUCAGAGGCUAUUGAAGGAACUGUAUAAGAAAAAGUCAUAUGACCAAGAAAUGAUGGGAGUAAAAUAAUGACACUGCAUCAUCCUCUCUCUAUGUCGUCGGCCCCCUCCCUCCUUGCCCUUAAUACAGUUCAAUAAAUUAGGUCUACAACAUGUUCUCAGCACGGUCUUGCCAGAAGCUAAGGAACUAAAGGUUCAUGGAGGAGGCUCUUCUACAAAAUCAAAGGCUCAAUUGUUUUCCACCAAUCAGAAAACAAAAUUAUGGGAUCGUUGAGGAAGGAAGAGAAGGAGCUGGAACAACUGGGGGAGGACUCAAAAGAGGCCAUACUGUAUGUCAAUGGAGUUCUUAGAGUUUUGCCUGAAGGGUUGGCCCAUUUGACCCUUCUCGAGUAUCUCAGAGAUAUAGGUUUGACGGGGACAAAGCUUGGCUGUGGUGAAGGUGGUUGUGGUGCUUGGACUGUUAUGGUUUCGCAUUACAACAAAGAACUGAAGAAAAGUUUCCACUAUGCUGUCAAUGCAUGCUUGGCUCCUUUGUAUUCUGUAGAAGGGAUGCACGUAAUUACUGUAGAAGGACUAGGGAGCCACAAGCAGGGCUUGCACCCAAUUCAAGAAUCAUUGGCACGAUCUCAUGGUUCACAAUGUGGAUUUUGCACCCCCGGUUUUAUUAUGUCCAUCUAUGCCUUGUUAAGGUCAAGUCAGAAACCACCUAGUGAGGAGCAGAUUGAAGAAUGUCUUGCGGGAAAUUUAUGUAGAUGCACAGGUUACAGACCUAUUGUUGAUGCUUUUCGUGUAUUUUCCAAAACGAAUGAUACGCCAUACAUUAAUACAUCUGCACUAAGCUCUGAAGGAGGUGAGUUUGUGUGCCCUUCAACUGGAAAGCCCUGUUCAUGUGGAUUGGAAAGUGAAAGUUCAUGCAUCACUCAUGAAAGUGGUACUCAUAGGAAGAGGUAUGCACCAGUCUCGUACAGUGAAAUUGAUGGAAGCACAUACACAGACAAGGAGUUUAUUUUUCCUCCUGAGUUAUUAUUGAGAAAAUCGACAUAUUUAAGUUUGACUGGUUUUGGUGGAUUAAAGUGGUUCCGACCAUUGAGGCUUCAACAAGUGCUAGAAUUGAAGGAAAAAUACCCUGAUGCAAAAUUAUUGGUAGGCAAUACUGAGGUGGGAAUUGAAACGAGGUUGAAGAAAAUUCAAUAUAAGGUUUUGAUUUUUGUUACGCAUGUACCUGAACUCAGUAAAUUGACCGUGAAGGAUGAUGGCAUAGAGAUAGGUUCAGCAGUAAGACUUUCUGAACUACUUAAAGUUUUAAGAACGGUCAUAACAGAACGCACAGCUCAUGAAACUUCUGCUUGUAAGGCCCUCGUUGAACAAUUAAAAUGGUUUGCUGGGGUGCAAAUAAGAAAUGUUGCAUCUGUGGGUGGAAAUAUCUGUACAGCCAGUCCAAUAUCAGACUUGAAUCCUCUUUGGAUGGCCUCUAGAGCGAAAUUUCAGAUUAUUGAUUGCAAAGGGAAUAUUAGAACAACCCUGGCAGAAAACUUUUUCUUGGGUUACCGAAAGGUGGAUUUGGCUGGAGGUGAAAUUUUACUCUCUGUAUUUUUACCUUGGACUAGGUCCUUCGAGUAUGUGAAGGAGUAUAAGCAAGCUCACAGAAGGGACGAUGAUAUUGCAAUUGUGAACGCUGGGAUCCGUGUCCAUCUUGAGGACAGAGGUGGCUGGGUUGUGUCUGAUGCAUCCAUUGCUUAUGGUGGAGUCGCUCCACUCUCUCUUUCUGCAACGAGAACGAAAAAUUUUCUCAUUGGAAAGAGUUGGAACCAGGAGAUGUUGCAGGGUGCCUUGAAAGUCCUGCAAGAAGAUGUAUUGCUCAAGGAUGAUGCUCCUGGUGGAAUGGUCGAGUUUCGUAAGUCAUUGAGUGUUAGCUUUUUCUUCAAAUUUUUUCUUUGGGUUUCUCAACAAAUGGAAGGGAAGCAUUGCAUCAAUGAGAGUGUACCAUUAUCUCAUCUUUCUGCUGUACAAUCAUUUCACCGGUCACCUGUUAUAGGAGCUCAAGAUUAUGAAGUUAUAAAACGUGGGACAGCUGUUGGGUCUCCCGAGGUUCAUUUAUCAGCAAGACUUCAGGUUACAGGAGAGGCGGAAUAUGCCGAUGACACACCAUUGCCUCCUAAUGGUUUACACGCUGCUUUAAUACUCAGCAGAAAGCCUCAUGCUCGUAUACAUUCAAUCGAUGAUUCUGGAGCAAAGUUAUCACCUGGGUUUGCAGGCAUAUAUUUAGCAAAGGAUGUUCCAGCUGAUAAUAACAUUGGACCAGUUGUUGAAGACGAGGAACUAUUUGCUUCAGAAUUUGUCACUUGUGUAGGUCAGGCUCGCUUUGAAGUUGACCAAUUUAAUAUUCAAAAUCGGUGGCGGAAGCGUGGUAUUGCCAUGGUUCCAACAAAAUUUGGCAUAGCCUUUACAUUAAAGCUUAUGAACCAGGCAGGUGCUCUUGUUCAUGUCUACACAGACGGAACUGUUUUAGUCACACAGGGAGGUGUAGAGAUGGGGCAAGGUUUACAUACAAAAGUUGCUCAGGUCGCUGCUUCCGCCUUCAAUAUCCCUCUCAGUUCUGUCUUUAUUUCGGAGACAAGUACUGACAAGGUUCCUAAUGCAUCGCCAACAUCAGCUUCUGCGAGUUCUGACAUAUAUGGAGCUGCAGUUCUAGAUGCAUGUGAGAAAAUCAAGGCAUGUAUGAAGCCUAUUGCUUCACAGAAAAAUUUCAGCUCUUUUGCUGAGCUGGCAAGUGCAUGCUAUGUGGAACGGAUAGAUCUUUCUGCUCAUGGGUUUUACAUUACACCGGAAAAUGUCUUUGAUUGGACAACUGGUAAAGGGAACCCAUUCAACUACUUCACAUAUGGGGCUGCUUUUGCUGAGGUUGAAAUUGAUACAUUGACGGGAGAUUUUCACACUAGAGCGGCUAACGUAUUCUUGGAUCUUGGUUACUCUCUCAACCCCGCAAUUGAUGUUGGGCAGAUUGAAGGAGCAUUUUUACAAGGUUUGGGAUGGGUAGCUCUAGAAGAACUAAAGUGGGGCGAUCCUGCUCAUAAAUGGAUCUCACCCGGUUGCCUCUACAUGUCUGGGCCAGGAAAUUAUAAGAUUCCUUCCAUUAAUGAUGUCCCCUUCAAAUUCAGCGUUUCACUUCUGAAGGGCCAUCCAAAUGUGAAGGCCAUCCACUCAUCUAAAGCUGUUGGUGAGCCACCAUUUUUCUUGGCAUCAGCCGUCUUCUUCGCCAUCAAAGAUGCCAUAAUAGCUGCAAGAGAAGAAGUAGGGUCUAAUGAGUGGUUUCCACUUGAUAAUCCCGCGACACCUGAACGGAUACGGAUGGCCUGCUUAGACGAAAUUAUUGAACCAUUUGUAAGCACAGAUUUUGGCGCCAAGCUUAGCGUUUGAUUGCUAAUUUCUGCUUUCCUGUAUUUCGUCUAUACGACUGGUAUUGGACUUGUGCUAAACUGUUCAAUCUCUCUCAUGUUUUUAGCCAAUUACAACAAAUGCAUGUAAAUUGUAAUUAUUUUUGGUGUACAUGAGAUGUGUACUCAUACAGAAUUUUUAAGGAGAUGAUAUUCAAAUGGGUAAUGAUUUCCGCUUCUGCACUUA